AUGCCCUACCUCAUCCACAUCCCCCCCUCGCACAACCUAACCCGCACCCCGACCUCCCUGCACCCAACCCUCCUCCCGACCCCCAUCGCCCUAUCCUCCACCACCACCCUCGACCGCACCCUAACGCGAGACUUCCUCUCCUGGGGCUGGCGCGUGCAACACCUCGACACCCGCACGCCGUCACCGUCACCGUCACCGUCACCGUCACUGCAGCCCCAAGACCACGCCCACACCUCCCCACAGAAUCCGGCUCCUGCUCCCGCUAUCGCUACCGCCUCGCGCCGCAGAGCGAAGAAAUGGCACGCCGCCUACCAGCAGCUAGACGCAAAGUACAACUGGCACGCCAAAGCGGUCAAGAUCUGGGAGAAGGAGCACGGGCGGCGCAUCCGGGAGCGCGAUCGGCAAGGGCAACUGCAGGGGAAAGGGCAAGGUUCGAAGAAGGGGUGGAAGGACAAGCUCAAAGACUGGUUUCUUCUUAGCAGAGGCGCAGAAAACAUGCCAAGAAAGGGUGGUGGGGGAGGGGAGAAGAGUAAAAGUAGUAGUAACAGCGUGAAGAGGCGGUGGUCGGAUAGUGCGACCGCCGUCAACAGGUCGACGGCGAGUCUGGCGCCGUCUGUUGAGGGGCGGUUGAAUCGGUUGAGGAGGGUGAGGAGUGAUCUCGAUCUGCGGCUCGAGAGGUCGCGUGAGGACUGA